AUGAAGCUCCUCGCUGCCGUGGCCAUGGGGCUCUGGGCCCUGGCUGCUGCCGAGUUUGACGGCUUCCACAUCGACCCGUCGCUCCCUGACGGGCACUACAGCAUCCACCUCAAAGAGGAUGGCAACCACCACGUCAGGCGCUGGACUUCGCACAAGAAGCGAUGGCAACGGCUGCAGAAGCGACAGGGAACACACGAGUACACGUGGCUCGUCGACGACGAGACCAACAAGGUUGAGGGCCUCGCGCUGGACUCCUUUGCCAAGCAACGAGUGCCGGUGCCACCGAUGCGCGUGUCGUGCAUCCACCUCCGCGAAUACAACACGCUCAACUACCCGCUGCCGGCGGACGACUACCGGGCGUCGAAGCAGGCACUGUUCAACUACUGCAACAUCUUCAACUUCAUCGAGGGCCACAUCGCCAUGGCUCUCAACGGGACCGUGGCCGUGUACGUGUGCCAACGCAAGGUGACAAUCAUUCAUGAGAAUGUGUGCGCCGAGGCCGAGUACAAGGCGGUCGAGGCGCGGCUCAACCAGUCGUGCGGCGACGCCUCGGCCUACGGCUUCAUCGGCGACUGGAACAAGGAGUACGGGCGCAACUGGAGGGGCGAGAAGGUGUGCCGCCGAUGGGGCAAGAAAGUAUACAACAGCCCUGCCAACUUCAACUUUGAGAACCUUCCCGGCAACGGGGCCCUGACGUCUGAGCCCUUUGGGGACCGGCCGGAGAAGUCCAAGGAGCAGUUUCUAAAGGAGACGGUCUUCGAGCCGCUCAAGGGCGACGACUACGACGACGGCGUGCGCGAUAAUUAUGGCUCCAUGUACGGGCAGUAUGCCGACGGGUGGGCCAACAACCAUAACUGGCGUGAGCCGAGGGUGGGUGAGCCCGAGUCGCCUUGA